UGUGAACAGAGGACACUUCCAGAGCCACACGCGCCACACGCAUCUUUCCUGUUAUUUUUGAGACCUUCAACUGUCCCCCCCUCCCACCAUGCCUGAGCCCUCAAAGUCAGCUCCGGCCCCGAAGAAAGGCUCCAAGAAGGCGGUGACCAAGGCGCAGAAGAAGGACGGCAAGAAGCGCAAGCGCAGCCGCAAGGAGAGCUACUCCGUGUACGUGUACAAGGUGCUGAAGCAGGUCCACCCCGACACCGGCAUCUCGUCCAAGGCCAUGGGCAUCAUGAACUCCUUCGUGAACGACAUCUUCGAGCGCAUCGCGGGGGAGGCGUCGCGGCUGGCGCAUUACAACAAGCGCUCGACCAUCACCUCCAGGGAGAUCCAGACGGCCGUGCGCCUGCUGCUGCCCGGGGAGCUGGCCAAGCACGCCGUGUCCGAGGGCACCAAGGCCGUCACCAAGUACACCAGCUCCAAGUGAGCCAGCCCGCCGCGGAGCGAUCGGUCAGUCUCGGCCCACACCCCAAAGGCUCUUUUCAGAGCCACUCACCUUUUGCAAAGAGAACUGU